GACUCACCGGCUCAUUAUUGAUUUGUCCGAAAUUUCUUUAAGUUGUUUGAUCCUCACGUCCUCAGACACGGGGAGACUAGCAUAAAGUGUGCCUGCGCUUGGAACCUUUUCCCUUUUCUCCUUACUUGGAAACAAAUUAAGUGGUGAGCGUCUAUAAAGCUAUUAAAAUAAUCGGAUCUCGCGUAAAAAUGUUUUUUUUUAAAUUUUAAAUGAUGUGUGUGUUAGUAAAUUGACUCAUCCAUAAUUAUAGUUGUUUGCUCUUUAUGCUUGGCAAAUUUUUUUGCUGCACGCAUAGUUAGUCAAAUAUAUUUUUUACCAUCAUAUAUAAUUUUUUCAUUAGGUUUAUAUAAAGGUGUAAAAAAUAAUUAUAGCAUUUAAGACUACGUGAGAAUAAUCGCAAUGCACAUUAUAUAUCGAUAUUAUCAACGAAUAUUCAAUAUGGAAUAACUCGCACAGUUAUACGGACAAUUUAAUCACGUGUAUAAAAUUAUUUAUGAAUUUUUUUCUGUUAUAAACCAAAUUUAAAAUAAACUCAAAACUUUUUAGGGCACGAUGUCAGUAACUGGAAGAUGUAGAUUUGUUGUUGGAACUCUGGAUGGCAAGCGCGUAUCUUAUAUCGUGGACGAUCCAGCACCUCCACCUGCUUCAAGGAAUACCAGCCGCCCUUUAACCACAGGCAACAUGGACGGUGAGACCUACUCACGUGGGCUCCGACCUUCACUGUCGGCUUCGUCGGUCCAGCAAGACGAUACCGACACCAAAAUCAAUGGCUCUGUUGUACUGAACAACCAGCAACUGGACGAAUUAAUGGACAUUCUGCACCAAGUUGGUGAGCAACAGCAGAACAGGCAAGCGUGGUCUGGAGAUGAAACCAGUCUGAAUGAGCAGUAUGUGAAAGAGUGCCAGUCAGCCGUGCACGAGGAGCCCACCAGAGACUAUGAUCAUGAAUCGAGAGACUCGGGAUACUUUGGCACAGGCGUAAUGAAGCCCAGUCUGCUUGAGGUCAAGAAACAGCAGUGGGCACGGGAGAAAGCUGAAAUGCAGGGACUCUUGUCCCCAUGGGGUGCUGGAGACUCUGAGGUUGGGACAAGUAGUUACCAAGCAGCCUAUUCGCAGAAGCAGGAAAAUUAUUCUGGCAAGAACAGUGUUAUUCCAACUAUUUCUUACCAAGAGCACAAACAUAAUUUCGACAGUAAUUAUCCAAGCGAUAUAUCUUUCAACCACACGCUAGACAGCAGAAUGAGCAGGAGUCCUGCAAAUCAUGAGGGCAGACAGACCAAAAUGAAUGGCAGUGGGGACGAGGGACGAAUGAAAUGGGGAGACAGGGGAGUCACCGUGGGACACCUGUGGGAGCCAUCAAGUUCUCCUUCAAGACUGCCUGAGCCAAAAAGCUCGAGUCCUGCGUGGCUUGAAAAAACUUUGGGCUCAGGGGGAGAAGCCGAAGACCAGAAUGUAAUUUAUGGGAGAAAGGUACACAUCGAGCCUGCUGAAUUGGAGGAAAGGGAGAAACGGCGGAAGAAGGCUCUUGAGAACCAACAAGCAAUCCGACAGCAGCUUGAAGAACGUGAGCGGAUCAGAAGAGAAGAGAGGGAAAGAAAAAUUUUAGAAGAGAAGUUGGAAGAGGAGAGAAUUAGAAAAGAGAGUGAAGUCAUUGAAGAGAGAUAUAAAAAAGAGAGACAGCGUGAGAAAAAGAAUGCAGAGGAGGAAGAUGAAGAAUUCAUAAGGAACCAACAAGCAGGAAGAAGAAGUAAUAAACAAAGAUCUGGAUGGUCUAACAAGGAUUUAUCCCCAAGGACGCGGAACAGACAGCGCCGGGAGACUGAAAGCCAAUCGCAACAGCAAAGGAAAAACGAGAAAUGUACGUCACAUGAUCCAGAGAUUUUAACAUUGAACCACCCUCCAGAUGACGGCAAGAAGUUUUCCAUGCAUGAAGACUACAAGCGGCUUCACGAGGAUUAUAGUAGCAGACCGAUGGAAUUACCAGCAGGCGGUGACAACGAAAUGAUUUUACUUGGCAAUGAGGUAGCAGUACUAUUAGCGCCUGAACUGGAAAGACGUAUUUUAAUGAGUAGGUCUGGCCGUGAUGUUGCUGUACAAACCGACCUCUCGAUAUUUACUCGACGCCAAAAGUCAAUGCAGCAGCCACAACCUUUGAUGGCGCACACAAAACCAAUUUGGGGUGCUAACAGAACAAACAAAAAAUACAUGAAACAGAGCGACAAAGACAUGUAUAGACAAAGGGGAAGCAGUUUAAAUUCUCGGUCUAACAAGGUGACCACUGAUAGCUGCACUGAUGAUUCAGAUAAGUACCCAAGGUCAUCAUCAUCACCGCAGCUAGAUAGGAGAAAAAGAGCGCAGUCCUUAGGAAAAACAAACAACAACAUUCGCCGUUCAAGUCAAGAGGAUAUUUCAAAAUUUGGCAGUCGCAACACAAGGAGAGACACCCAGAACGAGAAAAUGUUAAAUGUGCAAGUCCCCAUCUCUUGGUCGGUCGACGUGCGUGACAAUCAACAGCUUGAGAGAGCUUCCCCGAAAAGAAUGUCAAAUUCGCCACCAGUUCCUGCACUUCAAAUGAACAAAAAGCAUAAUAUGGUGGAGGUAGAGAGACGCAUAUCGCCAAGUCCUGCGCCAAAUCAAAAUUUUGUGUGCCCGCCCUCACCGCCUGUGCCUGCUGUGCUUCGCCAGUUGCAGGAGCAGACCCUACCUCCACUAGUAUACACAGGGAAUGAGGUCAAGGUGUUAAAAUCAGCUCCUCCAGUGUUGAAAUCAUUUCCAUUACAAUCAACCGAUGAUGAAAAAAUUGCCCUUCCUGAAAUAAAGCAGCACCUGAUGAAUUUACCAAGCGAGUCUUCCGACUUGCUUUCACAACUGUCAACAAUCAGAAAGACUUUGCAGAGUAAGCACAACGAAUGGCAGGCACUUGCAGACGAAGCAUGAAAAAUGGAUAUUGUGAGA